CAAAAAGAAAAAGAAAACGAGUCAACGUAUGUGUCAAACUCUUAUAAAAAUGCAUACUACAGGCUGAGAUUGCAUGUGCACACAUCUAUAACUUGCUCGAAAAUUCAUUUCUCAAGACGUGCCUUCGAAGCAUAAGGUGCACAAAGAGAGGGCAAAACAUACCAUCAUGGAUGCUGCCGACAGACAUGCCAAUGGCAUGCCUCAAGCACUUCAAAACAAAAUAAUAGCAUAUGUACUUACAAAUUUAUCAUGGAUGCAAUGAUAACCCAGUAAUGAUAAUAGAGAAGAAGUCAACGCACAAUAAGAGUAAAUACAGAUUCCUAAUCUUAUCAAAACCAAUAUGUAAAAUGGCAUAGGAUACCUCCAUCACUUUUCACAGACAUUCCCUCUUUUUUUUUUCCAAGUUGUGGUAUGAUUACCAAAUUUGUACCUGAUAAAUGGUGCAUCCAAAUGAAGCCCCCCAUCAUACCUGAGCUUCCCCAUUUACCUUCAACAUGCCGUACUUCGUGCCAGAGAUUCAAAGAAAGAAGCUAAUCAUUCUUAUCUUCACAUUCCUACUUCUUGAAGGUUCUAAACACCAUCCCUUAAACAACCAGGUUGAAGCUAUGGCACCAGACACAGUUCAUUUCAAACUUAGACAUGCAGAACAAAGUGCAAGACCACAAAAGGAAGACCUCUUUCCCGGCUGGCAGACAGAUGAGAAGAUUCAUAAGCACCCAUCAGGGCCUAAUCCAAUAGGCAAUCACCACCCGCCAACUAAGCAGUGAUCAAAGGAGUAGACAGGUUCACACAUUUCCUAGAAAUUGAAGAAGGCAGAUGUAUUCAUUUAUGUUUGAAUGUCCUCAUCCUUGGACAUUUGUGAUUGUACAAAAACAUGAAAUUUAUUUGAAGAUAUGCAUAUCUAAGACUAGUUUCCAGGAAUCAAUGCAGCUUGUCUAGUCUAUUGUAAACUUUUAUGAUUGAAAAGCUUCCAGCCUGCAAGGAAGUCAAAAUACAAAAUCCCUCAACUUAUUAUGCAU